ACAACAGAAAAGUGGAAAAACAACUAUGUGCAGUUAUAUUUUUGGAUUUAGAUGUGAGUUUCUAUAAAUAUUGAGUGCUGUUAAUUUUACUGUAUAAAAAUUAAGGUUUAAAUAAUCCAUCAUUAAAUAUCUGUCUGUGAAUUAAAAGUAGAUAGCACAAUAAUCGUAUAUAAUCAAAUAUAUAGAGACUUAAUCGAAAAUGAAUGAAGCAGCAUUGGCCAGCAUGAUUUACAACGACCCCAUAGGCAUCUAUGAGCAGCCCAGGCCGCGUUUCAUAUUUAAAAUGCCGCGUGUUGUGCCCGACCAAAAGGCGAAGUUUGAAAGCGAUGAACUAUUCCGUCGUUUGAGCCGGGAAAGUGAAAUCCGUUAUACUGGAUACCGCGAACGUGCUCAAGAGGAACGCCAAAUGCGUUUCCACAAUGGUUGUCGUGAGGGUCAUACUGAAAUCUCAUUUGUGGCAUCGGGUACGAAUCUACAACUCGUUUUUAACGCAACCCAAAACCCAUAUUUACAUGAUAAGGAAUGCGAUUUUGAUAAAGAGCAUGGAAAGGUUUAUAUAAAGUCGUACUUUAUAAUGAAC